CAGCCGCCUGGUAGGUGACUGGAGGUGUUCGCUGAUGUGGCCCCAACCCUGCCUCCCUCCCCACCCCAUGAUGUUAGACGAGACUCAACGGAGUCAAUUGGCAGCAGCCAAGAAAAAGCUAAAAGAAUAUCAGCAGAGGAACAGCCCUGCUGUUCCGGCAGGAGCGAAGACAAAAAAGAAGAAAACUGGCGGUAGCCCUGAGACAACCACUUCUGGUGGUUGCCACUCACCUGGGGAUAGCCGGAAUCAAGAACUGGAAGUAGCCCCGGACUCAAGGUCCGCAACAAUCAGUCAACUCUAUGAAAACAUAGAAUCACUGAAACAACAGAAGAAACAAGUGGAACGUCAGCUGGAAGAAGAAAAGAAAGCAAAUAAUGAAAUACACAAAGCACAGAUGGAGCAGUUAGAGACAAUCAACAUCCUCACGCUGGAAAAGGCAGACUUGAAGACCACCCUUUACCAUACUAAACGUGCCGCCAGACACUUCGAAGAAGGCAACAUUAGGUUAGAGAUCAUCAGAAAUAUAAAAUUUGAAAAUUCCUCGAGCCGCAGUGAAGCAGUCCUCCAGCGGCAGUUACAGCAGACCAGAAAGGAGCGGGCGCUGCUGAACGCACACGUGACACAGGUGACAGAGUCACUUAAACAAGUCCAGCUGGAGAGAGAGGAAUAUGCUCAACAUAUAACAGGAGAGAGGGCCCGGUGGCAGGAGAGGAUGCGGAAAAUGUCGAUGGAGGCUCACGCAUUGAAGGAGGAGAAGAAGCGUGACAUACAUCGGAUACAGGAGCUGGAGAGGAGCUUGUCCGAACUCAAAAACCAGAUGGCUGAGCCCCUGUCCCUGGUGGACCCAGCAGGGACCUCUGAGGUGGAACAGCUACAAGAUGAGGCCAAACACCUGAGGAAGGAGGCGGAAAGUCUGGAGGGAAAGCUCCAAUUCCAGAUGGAAAGCAAUCAAGCCUUGAGUCUCGUGAGCAAGGAACAAAAGCAGACGCUCCAGGAGCAGGAGGAGAGGCUCCAAGAGCAGGAAGAGAGGAGGUUGCGGGAGGAGGAGAGACUGUGUGAGCAAAAGGAGAGGCUUCGGGAGAAGCAGAAGAGGCUGGGGGAGCAGGGUGAGAGGCUGCGAAAGCAGGAGGAGAGGCUGCGAAAGGAGGAGGAGAGAUUACAAAAGCAGGAAGACAGGCUGUGGGAGAAGGAGGAGAGGCUGCGAAAACAGGAGGAGAGGCUGCGAAUGCAGGAGGAGAGGCUCGCGCUCUCCCAGAACCACAAGUUCAACAAGCAACUGGCUGAGCCACAAUGUGACUUGGAGGAUCUGAACAACAAGAAUAAGAGCGCAUUGCAGUUGGAACAGCAAAUAAAGGAGCUGCAGGAGAAGCUGAGCGAGGUGAAUGAGACGAGUGCUGGCUGCCCCACGGGCUCCCUCCAGACUGAGCUCAUGGCCCUGCACUCUAGUGACCAGAGCCAGCUUCACAGCAUAAGAGCCAUCUAA